AUGAGUUAUUAUGGGCAUGGUAACAGUCACGACGAUGACGAUGACGAUGAUGAUGUUGAUGGUGGAAGUGAAGAAAGUGAGAGCGAGCCUUGCGCGAAGGUGCCGCGCUUACAGCUAUGCACACUCAGGCCGGCGACAGGGGUGGCGAAGAAUCUCUGCGACUUACCAUCCGAAAUAUUAGAAAAGAUAAUCGGUUAUGUGAACAUUUGGCAUCACAAUCGGAUACGUGCCACUUCGAAGCGUAUGUGUUACAUAACUGACUUGUUCAUUACGCAUGAAUUCCAAAAAGCUCUAAAACGAAACUCGGAGGCAAAUCAGCGCAGUUACAAAAGCGCUGCUCUAAGAGGUAUAAAGUUGGCUACAGAAGUUUAUGUGAAAUUUGGCUUCGAAACUUUGUUUUGUGGUUGUAUGUUGCCCAUGUUGCGUAGCUGUUACAAGGAUCCGUUUUGUCCUGCGACGCAAAGUAUUCAAAAAUUUUUAAUUAAUUUUUACAAAUGCAUUGACAAUCGGCUCGGCAGUACGCAGGAAUUCAAUCUAUUGUAUGUUUUGACUUUUCUACGUUUAUUAAAGGCGUUCCGUUCAUUCCACAUAGCAUCGUCUUGUGUUGGGAUUUCAAAAUGGAGAUGUGUUAUAGAAUUGAAAGGACCCUGGUUGGGUGUUUUAUGGACUUCGAAAUCGCGAUUCCAAUCGAAAUCUGAAGACCAUACUAAAAUAUUAAUUAUGAUGACAGAAUUGCUGUUAGCUGAAAUCUCUAACGAAGCGUUCAGGCGAGUUAGUAAUUGUGAUAAUGAGAUCUGUAUAUUUGGUUAUGAUACCAGUGCUAAUAAGCGUUGCCCAAAAACUCAAUUCGCUUUUGCCGUUCAUGGUACCAAGCAAAUAUGGUCAUUGCUUCGCUCUUGUCUUGAGGAGAAUGACGAAAAAUUCAAAUGGCCCUCAUUAUGGCCUAAAGAUGAGUUCAUGUUCGAUUUGGAAAUUCACAGUAAAGAAGCCAUGAAAUGGGGAUGCUCUGAAAAGAAAUGCGUAGAGAUGGGCCUUUCGAUAGAAGGUUGCUGCGACAGCACCCGUAGUGUAGAAUCUCAUUAA